AUGGGUCGACGCCCUCCCUCCCCAGUCGCGCGUGACGACGACCCGCGGUCCUCCGUUCUGUCCCGUCUCGUCUCGCCCGAGGCCUCGCCGGGCGCGCUAGGCGCCCUGCCCGCAGCUCCGUCGUCGCCCCGGCCGGUCUGCGACCGAAGACCGGCCGUUGCCGCGUCGGUACCAAGCAUGUGUGGCGAUGUUGCUGUGAAUAUCACACCGGUGGAAGACUAUGAACUGCCACCGGAAGCCUACUCCAACACGAAACAUGGACUCAGCUCGCCGCGAACGCCGACCGGAGCGGCGGUGAGGAAGGCGGAGGAGGUGGUGAGCACGAUGCUGGCGAGGGGCUUCGUGCGGAGCAAGGACGCGCUGCGGCGCGCGCAGUCCUUCGACGAGUGGCACCAGCAGCUGCUGUCGUCGGCGACGUCGCGCGUGGCGUCGCUGGACCGUCGGCUCAGGCUCAGCGACAAGUUUAGCCUCGGCACGGCGGUGGCCCGCGGCACGGCACGCGGCGUCAACAAGCGAUUCAACGUCACGGAGCGCUCCUGGGGGACGUUGGCCGCGGCAGGGGAAGUCGUCGCGGGGUCCCCCUACGCGUCGCGCGGCGUCACGUGGGUGUCGGCGGCGGUGGGCGCCGUCGCCAGGGCUGCGUCCGACGUCGGUGCCAUGACCGUCGAGAAGGUGGCGAGGGCUGAGGGGGAGGGCACGGCCGCGGAUGGUGCCGGCAGCGGCGGCGCGCGUUGA